AAAUUUACUUGAUAUAAUUAAUUUUAAUAUGGUUUCAUCAUUUUUUCAACUAUUUUAAUAUAAAAACUGAACAUUUAUCAGGAAUUUUAAUUUUAAUUUCAACUUCAACUUUAAAUUAUAUUUUUAUUUGAAUUUUAACUCCAUUUUAAUUUCGACUUUAUUUUCAAUUUAUUGAUGAGAUUUUUAAAUUCAGUGUUCGGUUUCAGGAGCAUGCGCUACCUUAGGCCUGUAGCACAUCUAAGGAGCUCCUAUAACUUCCAACCUUACCGUUUUUACAGCUCACCUACUAAGGAGUUUGUUAGGUCUGUUUUUUCAGAUGUUGCUAAGAACUAUGACCUUAUGAACGACUUGAUGAGUGUUGGAAUCCACAGAAUUUGGAAGGAAGUUCUAGUUCAGGAGGUAAUUUCAUCACUUAAAAUGACCUAUCGACACCUUUCAAAAGAUUACUUUACCGAUGAUUUUCUUCCAGAUGACAUGGUUGUUGAUAUUUUGGACUUGGCUGGCGGCACUGGUGAUAUUGGCAUCCGUAUAGCUCAGUUAUCUAAUAAUUUGAAAUUUGAAGACUCGAAUGGAUUUGUACUAUACGACACUCUGAAAAUAACUCCGAAGAUUGUUAUUUGUGACCCUUCUGACGAGAUGACUAAGCUGGGCCAAGAGAAGUCUGAGAAGGCUGGAGUUAAGGAUAUUUCCUGGGUUAACGCUGAAGCUGAAAAACUUCCUUUUGAUGACUGUUCUUUUGAUAUCAUUACUGUCGGAUUUGGUGUUAGAAACUUUAGUGACAGGACUGCUGGCCUUAGUGAGUGUUACCGUGUCCUAAAACCUGGCGGUCGUCUCUUAAUUCUUGAGUUCAGUCACUGUGAAAAUGAAUUACUUAAUGUUCUUUAUAAGACUUACUCUGACAAACUCAUUCCUUUCCUUGGCUCCGUUGUUGCCAAGAAUGAGGAGGCUUAUGAUUACCUUGUUGACUCUAUUAGGAAAUUCCCCAAUCAGCAGGAACUUGCUGAGAUUCUUAAAUCUCUUGGGUUCUUACACGUUUCUUACAGAAACUUAACUGCCGGAAUUGUCUGUAUCCAUUCAGCAUUCCGAAAACUUUAAUACCAUUUUAAUAUAUUUUAUCCUCAA